AAAACCCUAAAUUUCAUCACAAAUCAAUUUAAUCCGGCGUUAUUUUCCCGACAGAUUUGCAGUGUCGAUGGAAGAAGGCGGUGGUAGCUCGGAGAUGGAGCCCAUGAACAUCGAUAUCGCCGCCGGCUCGUUCGAUUGCUUGGCCGUUUUCCAUGUCGUCACGGACGUCCUCGGCUUCAUCCUGUUCAUGCACCAGCAGAUCCCCUCAGUACUUCAGGACAUCACCCAGGAGUUCGACGAUUUGAGCGGCGAGUUUCGAGAAUUGGAGCUUGAGCUAGCGAAAAGCGAAGGGAUAGCGUUAUCAACGAGGAGAAAACAAGCGUCGAGGAGAAGAGAGGUGAAAAUGGGGAUUCGAAGGUUGGAAAAAAUGAUGGGCUGCGUUUCCAAUAUCAAGACUGCCCUUCAGCUGGUGAUUACUGAAGUUCCAGAUGUAGAGAAGAUUUCCCUGGUUCUUGGUCCUAGUCCUCUAAGGCCUUUGCAUACUUAUGAACUGAGUUUUCCACUCGAGAAGUCAUUUUCGGGUGAUUUUGGUCGAAAUAAAGUUGCAGAAACACUUUCCCGAAAGGCGAUACGUAUGUUGAUAUCAAUGGGUGCUGGAUCAGAUUCGUAUGUUGGUCCGACAAAGUUGUUUCUGUUGGUGAAAGCUCCUUCUCACCUUAACUUGCCUCUACACUUUCUUCCCAAACGUGAUUUUCGGCAAAAUAAAAAGAAAGUGCCGUUGAGAUUAAGAUUUAGGUGCAGAACCCGAGAUGUGGAAAUGAACAAUCAGCUGAAUGAUUGUGUUGGUUCUGCUGGAUUCGAGGACUCCACAUCAAAAGACAUGAUCUGGUUCCAGUGUAGGCACACAAUCAAGGGUUUGGCUUGCGGGAUAUCACCUUCCAAAGAUUGAUUGCUCAAUUUUCAGCAAUUUGAUUUACAUAUGGGCAUAUCAUACCACAAGGAAUACUUUUGUGUGUGAAAUUUCCAAGUCUUUUUGCUCUAUGCAACUGCAAAUGAGCACGUUUGCGUAGUUGUAUUUGACUCUGAAGUAUGAAUAUGACAUUUUUGUUUGGCUUUCUGUAAGUCAUAUGUCAGUGUAAUCCAAGAGGAAUUGUUUGUUGUGAGUUGUGACUGACAUAUUCAUCUUUCUUGUAUGCUCUGUCCCUCAGAAGUUUAUUUGGCUGGCUGUGACAAUUAGAUUUUGC